UUUAUGAGGUCGAAACCAGCUGAAUCUGUAGACAGGUUUUUUUGGUUUGUUUGUUUGUUUUUUGCAAUCAUACUUCUUCUAAGAAAGGAGGAGAGAGACGCGUUAAGAAAGCCUAAAGAUGCGGUUAUCCCUGACGGUGUCCGUGGUUUUAGCACUGGGAUUAAUCCUUCCUGAACGGGCGUCGCUUUAUGGACCUCCAGAGGACUGGGAGGGAUCUGGAUAUGACCUGGAUGGUUCUGGUUCUGGAAAUGAUUCAGAACAAGAGGGGACCAACAACAAUCCUGACCCAGAUAUUGUACCAAACCCUGUAAAUGGAAACACAAAUUCUGCCAAAAGCUCUUCAGUGCUGAAUGUGGGGAUAUCACACAGGCAUGACGUAGAUGCUGCAACAGAAUUGAUUGUUAUCUCAAACAGCAACAGCUUACUGGAAAACAAAGAGAUCGUUGCAGCUGCCAUUGCAGGGGGACUAGCUGGAGCAACAAUAGGAGUUCUGCUAUCAGUGAUCCUGAUUUACAAAUGGAGGAAGAAACACAAAGAAGAACAUAUUCAGAACAAGGCUUCAAAUGAAGAAUAUCACAAACCCACUCGGGAAGUAGCUUUUAUUUAACUGUCACAUCCACGUUGGAUUGAAAUCUUUAAAAUACCCUGGGGUGUCUCGGUCUUCCUGAUUGUAGAGAGCUGCUAUUAAUGAAUUUUCUCAAAGGAGAAAAUUAUCAAUGUUUUUUUUUCUUGCACUUAAUUCAAAUUUUUCACUAGAAAGUGUUCACACCCAUUCACUUUUCUCCUAUAUUAACGGUUUUAAUUCUAAAAUAGUUUUUGAGUAUUUUUUUUCUUAAAGAUCCUAGAUAUUUACAUCCUUGCCCGGAUUUUUGCCUCAACACAAUCUCAGAGGUUUACUGACCUUUCCUUUGACUUUGUUGGUUGAGUUCUGCUAUAUAAAUUGUCAACCUUGAGACCUUUUUAUGCGAGAUUGUUCAUCUCCAAAUCAUGUCUGAUAUAUUAAUUUUAGCAGAGGUGAAGAUGCAUCUGAGUUCAGAUCCAAUUGUACUAGCAAAGUCUGUGCAUACUUGUGAACCUGUAAUGUUAACAUUUUUAUAUUUUCUUUCUA